AUGACAGUGGAACAAGCAGCUCAGCAAAUGCUGACUGUCCUCGAGACGACAGUUUCGCAAAGUGAGUGAAUUUGGGUGGGAAAAUGGGAGAUUUUGGGGAAAAAUUUGGUUUUGCGGUUGAAAAUGAGAUUUCGAAAUGAAAAUUUCGAAUUUUGAUUUGAAAGGAUGGAAUAAGGUUACGUUUUGAAGGUCCUGGAAUCUGAAUUUUUGGCGAAAAUUCGAAUUUUUCUGAAAAAUUGAAUAAAAACUAAUUUUUUCAAAAAUUUCUGGAAAGUCUAUAAAUUUUGAUAUUGGAGAAGGAUCCAGGGGUUUCUCAAAGAUUUUUUAGUUUUCAAAUUCCGUCAAGGCUACUUUCCCAGCCUGAAAAAUCUGAAAAUGUAGCCGUGUGUAGGAAAAAAUUUCAAAUUUUCAUCAAGAAAUCUGAAAUUUUGACCCAAAAUCCUCCAAAUGUUGAUUUUCAGAUCCAAAUGAUCAAAAACAAGCAAUGGAUUAUAUCAGUGCCACGUGUCAACGUGAUUUUCCAAUGUUUGUCAAAUGUCUGAGUCUAAUCCUUCGAUCUGAACAAUGUCAAUCAUAUGUUCGACAAGCCGCCGGUCUCCAAUUGAAAAAUGUGCUAUAUUCGAAAGAUAUCGAGACAAAAUCACAAUAUUUGCAAAGAUGGCUACAAUUAGAUGAGCCAAGUCGACAAGAUGUUAAACAAAAUGUGACGGGAACAUUGGGAACCGAACCAUCGAGACCUUCGAUUGCUGCACAAUGUGUUGCGGCGAUUGCUUGUGCUGAAUUACCGCAUAAUGUAAGGGAUUGCGGAAAAUCGGGUUCUGGGGGAGAAAUUUGAGCUCUGGAGCUUUGUUUUGAGCAAAAAAUCGAUUUUGUGAUGAAAAUUUGAGCUCUAGAGCUUUGUUUUGAGCAAAAAAUCGAUUUUGUGGUGAAAAUUUGAGCUCUGGAGCUAAUUUUUUAAGCUGAAAAUGUAUUGAGAGCCCAAAAUUUGAUCCAGGGCUGAUAUUUGACACAAAAAAUAUGACAAUUUGAGAUUUCUCGUACAAAUCUGGGCUUCUUAACCAGAAAAUCACAGAAUUUUGACCCAAAAUGAGUUUUUUUUUGUCAGAAUUUGAGCACAAAAAAUGCUCACGCUUCUGUUAAAAUUAAAUUUACCGUGAACUGAAAAAACCACGUGUUAUCCUUAUUCAAAAAAUUAAAAUUCAGUCAUUUCUGAGUUAGAAAAUGCUGGGCGAAAGUGAGUAUUUUGAAAAAGAAAGGUUUUUGUCAGUUUUUACCCUAGAAAACUGAAAAUUUCAAUCUAAAACGGAUUUUUGACAGUUUUACCUAACAAAACUGACUACAUAUUUCCCCAAAUAUCUUGAAAUUGUCAUUUCCUUGACUGAAGCAUUGCAAAAGCUGAAAAUCCCUAGAUUCCCAGGGAAUCUUGGGAUUUUCAGACAAUUUUUCAGUUUUGGAAAUGGCGGAGAUGCGAAAGAUAUGCCCAAAUUUUCAUUUUUUUAUAUGAAAAUUGAUGAAUUUUAGGCUAGAAACAAGAAAUUCAAGAUUUUUAUUGUCGAAAUUGAAAAAUAUGGCCGCCGUAAAAAAUGAAAACCAGUGCAGCACUGAAUGAAUGAAAACAACUGGACUUCGUCAGUCGCGUGCGGCUGUGCGGCGCGGUCGAAAAACAAUCAAUGAUUCAUUUUUUUCCUUUCUUUUCCGACCGCGCCGCACAGCCGCACGCGACUGACGAAGUCCAGUUGUUUUCAUUUAUUCAGUUCUGCACUGGUUUUCAUUUUUUACGGCGGCCACAUUUUUCAAUUUCGACAAUAGUAAGAAAUCAUGAAUUCAAUUAAAAAAUGAAAAAUUGCUAGUUUUACUUGAAAUUGUCAUUUCCUUGACUGAAACAUUGGAAAAGCUGAAAAUCCCAGAAUUCCCCUGGAAUCUUGUGAUUUUCAGACAAUUUUUCAGUUUUGGAAAUGGCGGAGAUGCGAAAGCUAUGCCCAAAUUUUCAAUUUUUCUAUGAAAAUUUGAUGAAUUUUAAGCCAGAUUUUAGUGAAACGUUUUUGAUGAAAAUCUCAAAAUCUCACUAACUAGAUAGUAUUCUCUGUAAAAAAAAAAUCUGAAAAAAAUUAACUGAAUUUAUCAAAAACCACCAAUUUUGACCAAAUUUAUGGAUUUCUAUGAUUUUUAUUCAGAAAAUCUCCUAGAAAAACCCAAAAGCUACCCAAAACCUCCAUUUCUAUUCCAAAAACCCCUAAAUUCUUGCAGUUAUGGCCCGAAGUAAUCUCUCGCCUAAUGGACAAUGUAACAAAUCAACAAAGCGGUGAAAUGUUGAAAGAAUCCUCACUCGAAACCCUCGGAUAUAUCUGCCACGAUAUCGAUUCAAAAGUGUUGGAAGUGCGUGCAAAUGAUAUUUUGAUUGCAAUUGUUCAUGGAAUGCGAGCUGGUGAAACAUCUGUACAUGUUCGAUUGGCUGCAACUAAUGCAUUGUUGAAUUCGCUCGAGUUUACCAAUAAGAAUUUUGAGGCUGAGGUUGGGAAAAUGAGCCCAAAAUUGUUAUAUUGCUCAUAUUAAUUGGUUUUUUUUUUUCAGCAAGAGCGAAAUAUUAUAAUGCAAGUCGUAUGCGAAUCGACAAAUAAUCCAGAUCAACGAUGCAAAGUUGCCUCACUUCAAUGUUUGGUUCGAAUUAUGCAAUUGUAUUAUGAUUAUAUGUUGAAUUAUAUGGCUAAUGCGCUGUUUCAGGUAAAAGACGAUGAAAAUGUACCAAACAAGGAUUUUUCCACAGUUUUUACCUAACAAAACUGACUGAAAGGCUUUUUCCCUGCAGUUUUUGCCAGAAAAACUGAAAAUUUUGAAUCUGAGAGGUUUUUUGACAGUUUUCACCCUAGAAAUCUGAAAAUUUCAAUCUAAAAUGGAUUUUUGUCAGUUUUUACCCAACAAAACUGUCCUUUCCUCAAAAAUCUUGAAAUUGUCAUUUCCUUGACUGAAACAUUGCAAAAGCUGAAAAUCCCGAAAUUCCCCCGGAAUCUUGUGAUUUUCAGACAAUUUUUCAGUUUUGGAAUUGGCGGAGAUGCGGAAGCUAUGCCCAAAUUUUGAAUUUUUCUAGUUCUCGAGCUGAAAAUUAUGAAAAUUUAUAACUUGGUCCAAAAACUGAAAAUUUCAACCAAAAAAACUUUCGUGCUAGUUUUUAACAAAGUUAAUCUUCUACUAAAAAUUGCCAUUUCCUUGACUGAAACAUUGCAAAAGCUGAAAAUUCCCUGAUUCCUCUGGAAUCUUGUGAUUUUCAGACAAUUUUUCAGUUUUUGAAAUGGCGGAGAUGCGGAAGCUAUGCCCAAAUUUUCAAUUUUUAUAUGAAAUUUUGAUGAAUUUUAUUUAGGCUAGAAACUAGAAAUUCAAGAUUUUUGGUCUAAAAUUGCUAGUUUUACUUGAAAUUGUCACUUCCUUGACUGAAACAUUGCAAAAACUGAAAAUCCUUAGGUUCCCAGGGAAUCUUGGGAUUUUCAGACAAUUUUUCAGUUUUGGAAAUGGCGGAGAUGCGGAAGCUAUGCACAAAUUUUGAAUUUUUCUAGUUUUCGAGCUUAAAAUCAUGAAAAUUUAUAACUUGGUCCAAAAAAAAAUUUAUAACUUGGUCCAAAAAAAUUUCCACCAUAAAACUUUCUUCCUAGUUUUUAACAAAAUUAAUCUUCUACUAAAAAUUGUCAUUUCCUUGACUGAAACAUUGCAAAAACUGAAAAUCCUUAGGUUCCCAGGGAAUCUUGUGAUUUUCAAACAAUUUUUCAGUUUUGGAAAUGGCGGAGAUGCGGAAGCCAUGCCCAAAUUUUCAAUUUUUUAUAUAACAUUUUGAAGUUUGAUGAAUUUCAAGUUAAAAACUAUGAAAAAUUCUUUUCCAGAUAACCCUCCACGCAAUGCGUUCAGAAGAAGCCGAAGUUGCAAUGCAAGGAAUGGAAUUCUGGUCAACAGUAGCUGAAGAGGAAUUCGAAUUAACACUAGUUUAUGAAGAAGAAUUGGAAAGAGGCAAUCAAGCAUAUCGAAAUAAAUCACAGCGUUUUGUUGAACAAGCCGCCUCACAUUAUGUACCGGUUUUAUUAAAUGCAAUGGCACAUCAUGAUGAUUGUGAUGAUGAAGAUGAUUGGACACCAUCAAAAGCUGCUGGCAUUUGUUUGAUGUUGACUGCACAAUGUGUUAAAGAUGAUAUUGUUAACUAUGUUAUGCCAUUUUUUGUCCAUUUUACUAGUCAGGAUUGGAAGUUUAAGGUGAGUUUUUUCGAUAAAAAUUGAAAAUUUUUAUUAUUUUUCCCGAGAUUUUGUGCCUGAGACUUUCAAAAUCAGAUUUUUCAUGAGAAUUUCAUCCUGGGACUUUAAAAAUCAGAUUUUCCGACUUCUGAACCUUGAAUCUUGAAAUUUUUAGGUUUUUGGUCAUCGGGACCUUGAAAAUUAUAUAUUUUUCGAUUUCUGAACCUUGACACUUGGAUUUUCAUGAAAUGUUGAUCUUUGGACUAUCAAAAUUGCAUUUUUUGACCUCGGGACCUUGAAAAUUGAAGUUUUUGAAGCUGAGACCUUGUAAAUCGGAUUUUCCCACUCUUGAACGUUGAAAAUUGCAUUUUUAGACCCCAGGAUCUUGAAAAUUGGAUUUCUAGUGAGAAUUUCGAAUCUGGAAUCUUGAAAAUCUGAAAAUAUCAGCUUGAACUUCAAAAAUUUUAGUUUUUCAUGAAAUUUCGAGCCUGGGACCUCGGAAAUUAAAUUUUUCAUGAAAUUUUGAUCCCGUGACCUUAAGAAUGGGAUUUUUUUGGAUUUUUCCACCCGGGAUCAAGAAAAUUGGAUUUUUUGACACCUGGACCAUGAAAAUCUGAAAAUAUCAGCCUGAAAUUCAAAAAUUAUAGUUUUUCAUGGAAUUUCGAGUCUGGAACCUCGAAAAUUAGAUUUUUCAUGAAAUAUUGAUCCCACGACCUUGAGAAUGUAAUUUUUCUUGAUUUUUCAACCAGGGAUGGAGAAAAUUGGAUUUCUAGUUCAAAUUUGACACCUGGAUCAUGAAAAUCUGAAAAUCAACAUUCUGAAAUUCGAAAAAUCCAAUUUUUCAUUAAAUUUUGAUCUUGGUAACAUGAAAAUCUGAAAAAUUCCCCCAAUGUUUUCCAGGAAGCCGCAAUCAUGGCGUUCGGCUCAAUUUUGGAUGGUCCGGACCCGAAAAAACUGAUGCCAUUGGCUCAAGAAGCUCUUCCGGCCAUCGUCGAAGCAAUGUGCGAUAAAAAUGUAUCGGUCCGCGACACUGCCGCGUGGGCGCUCGGACGCGUCAUUGACACGUGUCCCGAAGUCGUUGCCAACGCGGAAUUGUUGCAAAAAGUCCUGCCGGCCCUGUCGAGUGGAUUACAUCAGGAGCCAAGAGUUGCCAAUAAUGUUUGCUGGGUGAGGGUUUUGACCUGAAAUUUUAAGCUCAAUUUUAAGCUGAAAAUCAGCAUUGCUCAUGUUAAAUUCUCUAUUUUCCAGACCCUCGUCUCAUUGGUCAAAGCCUGUUACGAAUUGGCUGUUUCGAAUGGAACUGACGCUUCCGGACAACCGGAUACAUUUGCACUUUCGGCUGUUUUUGAUGCAAUGAUUCAGGAAUUGCUCAAAAUCACGGAAAGGUAUGAUUUUUACCUGAAAUGUGUUGAAAAUUUGAUGAAAAUUGGGUUUUUGGGCAGUUUUUACCCUGAAAAACUGCUGAAAGGGAUUUUUGACAGUUUUUGCCUAACAAAACUGACUGAAAGGCUUUUCCCCUACAGUUUUUGCCAUGAAAAACUGAAAAUUUUGAAUCUGAGAGGUUUUUUGACAGUUUUCACCCUAGAAAACUGAAACUCUCAAUCUAAAAUGGAUUUUUCGACAGUUUUUAUCAAACAAAACUGUCCUUCCCCCAAAAAUCUUGAAAUUGUCAUUUCCUUGACUGAAACAUUGCAAAAGCUGAAAAUCCCUAGAUUCCCCUGGAAUCUUGUGAUUUUCAGACAAUUUUUCAGUUUUGGAUUUGGCGGAGAUGCGGAAGCUAUGCCCAAAUUUUGAAUUUUCAAAUAAAAUUUUGAUGAAUUUGAGGCUAGAAACGAGAAAUUCAAGAUUUUUGGUCUAAAAUUGCUAGUUUUACUUCAAAUUGUAAUUUUCUUGACUGAAACAUUGCAAAAGCUGAAAAUCCCCUGAUUCCCCUGGAAUCUUGUGAUUUUCAGACAAUUUUUCAGUUUUGGAUUUGGCGGAGAAGCGGAAGCUAUGCCCAAAUUUUGAAUUUUUACCUGAAAUAAUUUUGUUUGCAGACCAGACGGAAAUCAAUCAAAUCUUCGAAUCACCGCCUACGAGGCUCUCAUGGAAUUGAUCAAACAUUCGCCAAAAGAUUGCUAUCAGGCUGUUCGAAAUACAACUGUUGUUAUUUUGAAGGUGGGAUUUUUUGGAGCAUUUUUGGAGCUCAUAACCUUAAUUUGACCCCAAAUAAUUCAAUUUUUGCUCAGAAACUCGAAACCCUAUUACAAAUGGAAGAACAAGCGACAAGUGAAUCAGAUAAAGCACAAGUUCGAGAUCUUCAAGCAAUGUUGUGUGCAACAAUUCAAUCGGUGACUCGAAAACUGGCCGAUUCCGACUUACCGCAAGUCGGUGAGCAUAUUAUGAAAGGAUUGCUGCAAAUUAUGCAACGAGCAUCGAUAACAAAAAGUACGACGGUUAUGGAAGAAGCACUGUUGGCUGUGUCGUGUUUGGCUGAACGUAAGUGGGAUUUUGGGAAAAAAUUUGAGAUUUUUAGGGGAAAAUGAGCCAGAAAUCGUGAUUUUUGAUGAAUUUCGAGCCAGAAAUCGUGAUUUUUGAGGAAUUUUGAGCCCGAAUUGCUCAUGUUAGUUGAAAAAUGUGAAUUUUGAUCAGAAAAACCUUUUCUUUAUAAAUUUUGAGCCCGGAUUGCUCAUGUUAGCUGGAAAAUGUGAUUUUUGGUCAGCAAAAUCUUUUGCUCUAUGAAUUUUGAGCCAGGAUUGCUCAUGUUAGUUGAAAAAUGAAAAUUUUUGGUCAGAAAACCCUGUUUUUCAAUGCAUUUUGAGCCCAGAUUGCUCAUGUUAGCUGAAAAAUUUAAUUUUUUGAGUCAUUGCUCAUAUUAGGAGAAUUGAAGUUAUACCUUAAUUCACCCUUAAACCCUCUAUUUUUUUAGAUCUUGGCAAAAACUUCAUUGUCUACAUGGAUGUGCUGAAACCGUAUCUAUUACAAGGAUUGUCGAAUGUUGAAGAAGCUCAGGUAACUAUUUUUUUGGCUGAAAAUUGGAAUUUUCAGCAUUUUUCACCUGGAAAUUCCAGAUUUUCAGCCAAUUUUACCUGGAAAUGUUGGAUUUUCAGCAUUUUUUAUCUGGAAAUGUUGGAUUUUCGCUGAAAAUUCCAGAUUUUCAGCCAUUUUUACACCAAUUUCUUCUAGGUUUGUGCUGCUGCUGUUGGAGCUGUCACCGAUUUGAGUCGAGCCAUCGAAAAAGCGAUUGCACCGUAUUUGGAUGAAAUUGUCGAAUUGUUGAUUAAAUGUAUUCAGGUAGGCACUUUUUGGGCUGAAAAUUUUGAAAAUUGGCUGAAAAUGAUGAAUUUUGAGCCAGAAAUUGUGAAAAAUGAUGAUUUCUAGCUCAAAAUUUAGCAUUUUCAGCUGAAAUUAUAAAUAUUGGUUGAAAAUGAAGGCGUUGGGUUAAUUUUGAUGAAAAAUUAGCAUUGCUCAUGGUAAAAUUCUCAAAAAAAAGCAUUUUUAAGCUGGAAAUCUUGAAAAUUGGCUGAAAAUGAUGAUUUUUGGCUCGAAAUUCAGCAUUGCUCAUGUUAAAAAUUCCAAAAAACGUUUUUAAGAUGUAAAUCUUGAAAAUUGGCUGAGAAUGAUGAUUUUUGGCUCGAAAUUCAGCAUUGCUUAUGUUAAAAAUCCCAAAAAACAUAUUUACAGCUGAAAUUUUAAAAAUAGGGUGAAAAUGAGGCUUUAGGUUAAUUUUGGUGAAAAAUUAUCAUUGCUCAUGGUAAAAUUCUAAAAAAAACAUUUUUAAGCUUUAAAUCUUGAAAAUGAUGAUUUUUAGCUCAAAAAUUCAGCAUUGCUCAUGUUAAAAAUCCCAAAAAAACAUAUUUUAAGCUGAAAAUUAUAAAAAUUGGUUGAAAAUGAUGAUUUUUAGCUAAAAAUUCAGUAUUGCUCAUGUUAAAAAUCCAAUUUUCCCUUUUCCAGUCGCCUAAAUUGGAUCGUAACGUAAAAGUGAUUAUAAUUGGCACAUUUUCCGACAUUGCAAUGGCAAUUGAAACGAAUUUCGAGCGAUAUUUGCAAAUGGUCGUGCAAAUUUUGACAGAAGCACAAGGAGCUGCGAUUGUUGUUGAUCCCGUGAGUUUUUUGGGUCCAGAUUGCUCAGAUUAGUUAAAAAUGUGAUUUUUGGUCGGAAAAACCUUGAAUUUUGAGCCCGAAUUGCUCAGAUUAGCUGAAAAUUUGAUUUUUGAAGCAUUGCUCAUAUUAGAAACAAUUUUUCUUCCAGAACGAUUUGGAUCAAGUGGAUUAUGUGGAUAAAUUGCGAGACGCUUGCCUCAAUUCAUAUACCGGAAUUUUCCAAGGUUUCAAAGUGGAAAAUGUGAGUUUUUGGGAAAUUUCACGUGGAAUUUGACCCAAAAAUCUGAAAAUGAGCUGGAAAACUGGAUUUCUGGCCAUUUUUCAUCAAUUUUAACCUAAAAUUCACUGUUUUUGAAGCAUUGCUCAUGUUAGAAAAUGCCCGAAAUUUCGCAUUGCUCAUGUUAAGCUAAAAAUUAUGAUUUUAGGAUAAAAAAAUAUCGAGUUUCAUCAAUUUUCCCACCAAAAUUCAAAUUUUCCCCACCUGAAAUUGAAUAUUUUCAGAUUCAAGCUUCACGUGACUCAAUUGGUCGUUUCAUCAAACCAAUGAUUGAAUUAAUAUUAGUAUCAAGUCAACUUCAACCAAUUCCACCAUCGGAUUCUUUGAUGGCAACAACUGCUGGUCUAAUUGGAGAUUUGGUCAAUUUAUAUGAACAACAAAUUGUGCCAAUGUUGAAUGUUGAACCGGUGAGCAUUUUGAGCCGAAAAUCAUGAAAUUUGGAGCAUUUUGAGCUAAAAUUAAUGAAAUUUGAAGCAUUUUGAGCUAAAAUUUAUGAAAUUUGGAGCAUUUUGAGCUAAAAUUUAUGAAAUUUGGAGCAUUUUGAGCUAAAAUUUAUGAAAUUUGGAGCAUUUUGAGCUAAAAUUUAUGAAAUUUGGAGCAUUUUGAGCUAAAAUUUAUGAAAUUUGGAGCAUUUUGACCCGAAAAUCAUGAAAUUUGGAGCAUUUUUAAGCUAAAAUUCAUGAAAUUUGGAGCAUUUUGAGCUAAAAAUCAUGAAAUUUGGAGCAUUUUGAGCCAAAAAUCAUGAAAUUUGGAGCAUUUUGAGCCGAAAUUCAUGAAAUUUGGAGCAUUGCUCAUAUUAUAAUUCAGAUCUGAAAUUAAAUAUGAGAUUUUGGAGCAUUUUGAGCUAAACUUCAAAAAAAAUAGGAAUUGCUCUAAUUAUAAAAUUUUUUUAAUUAAAAGUGAUGAUUGCUCAUAUUAUGGAAUGCUCAGAUUUUUAUCGAAAUUUCAAUCAAAUCCCCCAUUGCUCAUGUUAAGAUUUGAUCCAAAUUUGCUUUUUUUUCAGGUGAUUUCAAUGUUGGCAAAAGCUCGAAAAUCGAAAAAAUCAAAGACGAAAUCGAUGGCGACUUGGGCGACGAAAGAAAUUAAACGGGUAGGGUUUUGAGGGGAAAAUAUUUGAAAUUUUGACUAAAAAUUUGCUGAAAUUUGGAGUUAAAGUCAAGAAACCUGAAUUUUGAGCUUAAAAUUUCAAGAAAACUAUAAAUUUUCAGCCAAAAAAUCUGAAAAUUGGUUUUUCAGCGAAACAUUUGAAAUUUUCUGGAACUUUCAAGUUUUUGGCCAAAACGUUGACCAAAAUUGAUGAAAUUUGAAGUUUUUGAGCCAAAAAUCAUGAAUUUUCAGCUUAGACCUAGAAUUUCAAGAAAAAUUUUCAACCAAGGUAUUAAAAUUCUUCAAAUAUCUGAUUUUCGGCUCAAAAUUUUCAGAAAAAUCCGAAUUUCUGAGCUCUGGCUCAAAUUUCAGCCAAAAAUCUGAAAAAAAUUCUAAACUCACUUUUUAAUCUGAAAAUUUAAAUUUUUGGUUUUUAGCUCAUAUUUUCCGGAAAAAUCCAGAUUUUCAGCUAAAAAAUCUGAAUUUUUUUGCAGUUCUCAAAAACGGAUCCAACAUUCAACUUCAAUCGCUAA